UAAUUAGGUGUGGAGUUGUAAGAACUCUGGAAAAGAUGCUGGUGCUAAACUGUUCUACCAAAUUACUGAUACUGGAGAAAAUGUUGAAGAGUUGCUUUCCUGAAUCACUCAAGGUUUAUGGAGCGGUGAUGAACAUAAAUCGUGGGAACCCCUUUCAAAAUGAAGUGGUGUUGGAUUCAUGGCCGGAUUUCAAAGCUGUUAUCACCCGACGACAAAGAGAGGCUGAGACAGAUAACCUUGAUUAUUAUACUAAUGCCUAUGCUGUGUUCUACAAGGAUGUCAGGGCUUAUCGACAGCUAUUGGAAGAAUGUGAUGUUGUUAACUGGAACCAAGUUUUUCAAAUACAAGGGUUGCAGAGUGAGUUAUAUGAUGUUUCCAAAGCGGUUGCCAACUCAAAGCAGUUGAAUGUAAAGCUAACUUCCUUCAAGGCUGUUCAUCUUUCUCCUGUUUCAACUCUGCCAGAUACCAGUUUCCUCAAGGGGCCUUUCCCACGACUAACCUACCUGACUGUUGCCGAAGCAGAUCUACUCAACCGGACUUGGUCAAGGGGUGGCAAUGAACAAUGUCUCCGGUACAUCGCCAACCUCAUCGCCUGCUUCCCUAGUGUGUGUGUCCGGGAUGAGAAGGGAAACCCGGUCUCCUGGUCCAUCACAGACCAGUUUGCCACCAUAUGCCAUGGGUACACCCUGCCAGAACAUCGCAGGAAAGGUUACAGCCGGCUGGUGGCCCUCACGCUGGCUAGGAAGUUGCAAAGCCGGGGAUUCCCCUCUCAGGGGAACGUCCUGGAUGACAACACGGCAUCUAUAGGCCUACUGAAGAGUCUCCACGCUGAGUUCUUGCCUUGUCGCUUCCACAGGCUUAUUCUCACCCCUGCGACUUUCUCUGGCCUGCCUCACCUCUAG